AUGAACAUCAAGCGCAACUAUAAGGUCCGUCGUUUCGCGUCAAAAAAACAGCGGUUUUGCAUUCUAGGAGACCAAGUGGUUGUGCGUGUCGUGUUGCUAUGCGCUCUGAUUUUGGCUCUCCUGGAUUUCGGCGUAUUUCGUGGUGCCUUACGAGUGGAAGGAAAGCGUCAUUGCGCUCGAGCUGAUCGCGUGCGCGACCGUGCUGAAAGCGCGCUUCCUGUUCGGGCCCCAAAUCUCCUUUUUGCGCUCUCCACCUACGAGCCAGUCGUCGUCGAGUACAAGGUCGACUACGAUGCGCUGCUACGGGCCCCAUUGGACCUUGCAGAAAAUGAG